AGGUCAUCAUGGCUCGUGGACCGAAGAAGCACUUGAAGCGCCUGGCCGCCCCCAAGCACUGGAUGCUUGACAAGCUGACCGGUCGCUAUGCUCCCCGCCCGUCGACUGGUCCUCACAAGCUCCGUGAGUGCCUUCCUCUGGUCAUCUUCCUCCGCAACCGCCUCAAAUACGCCCUGACGUACCACGAGGUCAAGAUGAUCCUGAAGCAGCGCAAGGUGUACGUUGAUGGCAAGGCUCGCACCGACCUUACCUUCCCCACCGGUCUGAUGGAUGUCAUCUCCAUCCCCGACACCAACGAGCACUUCCGUCUCCUGUUCGACACUAAGGGUCGCUACACCGUCCACAAGAUCCAGGAUGACGAGGCCUCGUUCAAGCUGUGCAAGGUCAAGCAGGCUGCCAUUGGCCCCAACGCCGUCCCCUACGUUGUGACCCACGAUGGCCGCACCAUCCGCUACCCUGACCCUCACAUCAAGGUCAACGACACCGUCAAGGUUGACCUCGACAGCGGUCGCAUCACCGAUUUCAUCAAGUUCGACAUUGGCGUCCUUGUGCUUUGCACUGGCGGCCGUAACAUGGGCCGUGUUGGUACGCUCAUGUCGCGUGACAAGAUGAUGGGUGCCACCGACGUCGUCCACGUCCGUGACUCCGCUGGUCAGCAGUUCACCACUCUGCUCAGCAACGUCUUUGCUGUCGGCUCUGGCAAGAAGCCUGCCAUCUCGCUUCCCCGCGGCAAGGGUGUCCGUCUCACCAUUGCCGAGGAGCGCGAUCGCCGCCUCAAGGACAAGGCCAAGGCCGCCGCGUAAAUUUGCUCCCUUUUUCUUUGCUGUUUAUUUUCGCGACGACCCCCUUAGCCAAAACGCGCGAGGUUUUGAAGUGCUUUAUCGAGCAGCAAAUCCCCAAAAUCGAGCCAUCAAAAAACC